AUGAAAAUUAGCAUUAUACUCACAAUAAUUUACGCAUCACACCGAUUGAUAUCGAGAGCUUCUGGAGAAUUCGUUCCCACCAAUGAGUGGCAAAUAGUAGAAGAAGGUGAACAAAUCCCUCCAGGGUUACAUGUAAGGCUAAAUUUUAACACAGGAGUACGGGAGGCCAAGCUGUUAUCUCCAGAAGAUGAAACGGACGAUACAGACGAUGGGUUAGUGGUAGUGAUUCCGAAUAGUGAUGUUGCUGAAGAUGAUGAGAAAAGUGAUUUAGAAGAAUAUUUUGAGGAGUUGAAGUUGUCUGCGAACACACCUCCUGAGUUGAGUCAAGCAAUACAACAUAUCAAAUCUCAACUGAUGUUGCAGCAUGACCUAUUGCAGAAUUUAGCGGAUCUAGCCCAUGAUAUUGAAUAUGGUACCAUUCUUGUUAACAGCGCACUUCCAGAGCUAGUCAAUAUUAUUCUAAACCGAGAUCAACACGAUGUCGAAUUUCGAAAUACUGCAGCACGAGCGUUGGGAGCUUCGUUGCGAAACAACCCUGAUUCUCUUAAAGUCGCCCUCGGCUCCAAAGCUCAUGUUGUUCCCAGACUACUAAAGGGUCUGCAGGUUGAGUCAGAUUUAAAUGUUCAAUCUCGAUUACUGUAUGUAAUUUCAGCGUGUCUUGACGACGAUCGAGGCUUGGAGCAAUAUAUUCAAUCAAAUGGAGGAGAUAUUAUUAGAAAAUUAUUUCAGUCUCGAGGGGAAGCAGCAGCAUCACAACCUGGAUAUUUGACAUUUCAGAGGAAAUGCUGUGAUCUUAUCCAGGAUCAACUAAUUAAUAGAGAUGACUCCAGAAACAAAUUUCAAGAACAAAGAGAAGAUGAACUGAAAAAAUGGGCUAGUAUUCUUCAGCAAUCUUUGAUUGACCAUUCAGAUGACCAUAGUAUUGAGGUUAAAUAUAAGCUGUUUCAGACUUUGGUUAAUAUCAAGGAGAUCCCCGCGUUAUCAAUUUCAAUUGAAGACAAGUUUUUGAGCUGGCUUGCAGAAGAGAAUAAUUCACAAAUUGCUCAGCACAAAAGGGGAAAAGUAGCUAGUGGUACAAUUAGACUGCAAUCGAAUGAUGAUACAACGGCUCAAGAAGGAUUAUCUCCGACAGGUGAGGACUCCGACUCUGAAUACCUCUCAAUCGAGGAGAAGUACCAUCAUGAACUUAAACGAGCCCGUCAUCUGGUUUUCGGCAACCCCAAAGCGCAUCGUAACCAUUUGGGUGAUGAUCUUUGA